GUUGGGGGAUUCCGACAGUACUUGUUCGUGACGUCAGAAAUGGGGGUUCCUCGAGAACACUGAAAGAUGGCCGUCUAGAAAGACGUGAAAUGAGUCAUGGAGACUUCUUGGUGCCUGCCUUGACAACAACAACAACAAAGGCUCAGGAGCAACAUUGUUCUUUUGGCAGCGCCCUCCUCCAAUGCAGUAUGGAGAUCAGCUGUGUGUGCGAGGGAAUGUCCCUAAGCUGUCCUUGACACGGCUACUCCCAGCUCUGUCAGGGUGUAGACUGACCAGCAGACCAGCCAACAAGCCAACGCUCUCACUAUUCACUUCUGACCAGCCCUUUGACCAUGGAAAGGCGAGGUAGCGAACCUUUCCCUGAGCAGACCAUGCUGCUGAGGAAUCCAGACUAUGGUGACGACAUCCUCAACAAGCUUAAUCUAUUCCGCAGUGAGGCCGCCUUCACAGACGCCAUCUUGUGUGUGGGGAGUGAAGAGUUCCCCGUCCACAGAAAUGUUUUAGCCGUGAGCAGUCCUUACUUUAAAGCCAUGUUCAGCAGUGACUUACGAGAAAGUCGCGAGGCUAAAGUCCUGUUUAAUGAGAUCUCCCCUGUGACCUUAAGACGUUUGGUGGAUUACGCAUACAGUGGUCAGUUAGAGGUGACACAGGAAAACGCGCAGGAGUUAUUAGCUGCAGGAAGCCUGUUUCAGUACCCUGCCAUUGUGGAUAUAUGCUGCAAGUUCCUUCAGAAACAGCUGCAUCCGUCCAACUGUAUUGGUAUAGAGCAUUUUGCCCAGUUGCAUUCCUGUAAGAAACUCCACGAGGAAAGUCACAAAUAUACUCUAGAUAAUUUCAGUAUAGUGGUGGAGUACGAUGAGUUCCUCAUUCUUCCCAAGGAUCGUCUUCUAGCGUACAUUUCUAGUGAUUUGAUUGACGUGCGCAGCGAGGAGACAGUUUAUGAUGCUGUAAUGCGGUGGAUGCAUCACGACCUGAACAGUCGUAAACAGUACCUGUAUGAGAUCCUGGAGCUGGUGCGUUUGCCGAUUGUAGACAGACAAUACCUUCAAGUGAUAGAGCAGGACUCGCUGAUACAGAGCUGUGAGAAGAGUCUGCUGCUGGUGACAGAGGCCCAGAAACACCAUGAGUCUAUCUAUGACCAGCAGGGAAAGCGGAGGCGCAGCAUGCAGGCGCAACAGGUGCACCCACGACCCUCCACGGUGGCUAAGGAGGUGAUGGUUGUGGUGGGCGGCAUCAACGGCUUCAUUACACAGGGGGUGGAGAUGUUUGAUCCCCAGAAGGACAAGUGGAGCUCUGUGGACGACCUCCCCCAGCCCGUGUCCUGGUACAGUGUGGCUACCGUAGAUAACUCUAUCGUAGUCACAGGUGGAAUUUUAGACGGACGGAUUGUGACGAAUGUGUGGCGCUUUGAUGCAAUGAAAAGGACGUGGUCGGCGGGAGCGUCUCUCCUGAAGCCGCGUGCUCGUCACACGUCUGCGGCAGUGGACGGGAAGCUUUAUAUUAUAGGUGGGAUUAGUUACGAUGACCGUGUGGUUGACCGUGAGGAUAUUGACCGGUACGACCCAGUGACGGACUCGUGGGCAGUGGUCGGUCAGUGCCCCUUCCCCAGGAAGCAGUCGCGCAUCGUUCCGUACAGCACGACGCUGAUUGAGAUCGGAGGACUUCAGGGAGACGCCAAAGUAAACACGUUAGACAGUUAUCUAUGCACCAGCUCAGCUGUCAAGACUUCGGGGGAACAGUACAUUCUUCCUGAGCCUAUUCAGUUCUCACAGAUCGUUGUUCUGAAUCGAAUAUUCUACAUCAUCUGGGAGGACAGUAAGAAGGUGAUCACGCUCAAUCCACUCAAGCGGACAUUCCGGCGUCUGCCUGACAUGCACUAUGCACAUAUCCACAGUGGCGCUACCGUUCUCAACGGUAAGAUCUACAUCACGGGCGGAUUGGUCGACUCUAAACCCAGUAAGAUUGUAGAGUGCUAUGAUCCGGCCACUAACAAGUGGACCAUAGAGCGGUCAAUGAUUGAUCCGCGAGCGUGUCAUGGUUGUGUGGCGCUUUCUAUGUGACACACUGUUUGUGUCACGGCGUCCUUGCUGAUGCUGCUACUGAGCACUGCUGAAGACUUUGUGUGUUCUGUUGCUGAAUUGUGGUAUGAAAUCAUUUAAAUGGUUUGGUUGUGAUAACUUAUCAUAAAGCACAAGGGCAUUACAUGUUUUUCUUAAAUAUUUCAUGUCACAAGAACCAAACGGAUAGCUUUACUUUUGAAGAUGUACCUAAGAGAUGUAAAUUUGAUAUUUCGUUGUUUUUGCCAUGUUGUUUGUUCAGGUUGUUUCUAAGGUGGUGAUGCUACUCUGAUAUUGUAGACAGGUGUGUUACAUAGACUUGUGGGUAAUUCAGGUCAAAGGUCAGGAAUAGGUCACAAUUUACACAUGAACAUUUCCACAAUUUUCAGGGAAGAACAACAGACUUUCCAUGCCAUAGCAGAUUCACUAAAAGUUGACUCAUGCACUAGUAUGUUUUUUCUUUUUGUCCAUAUUCCAAAUCUUGAUGGUUGCCACAUAUCAGAGAGUAAACAGUAUCGUGUAGACUUGUAGUGUGAGUUGGUGUAAUGUGUAUGCUUUGGUAAGCAUAUUGCCACCUCUGUGCUUACGUUGUUAAAAGGUAUAUUAAGUUUUUUGAGGUGGGGUGGUGGGGAGUGGUGGUGAUUUUACAUUGAACAAAUAAUGAUUAACACUAAUGUUCUGCUUGUCAUUACAUUGUGUUGAUUGUGUAAAAUUGGCAUUGAAUUCCAAGGUGAGCUUUAUCCAAACAAAUACUGGUUGAUUAAUUGUACUGGCUGCCAUAAAUACUGGUUGAUUAAUUGUACUGGCUGCCAUAAAUACUGGUUGAUUAAUUGUACUGGCUGCCAUAAAUACUGGUCGAUUAAUUGUACUGGCUGCUAUAAGUGCUGCUCAGUUACUUGUACUGGCUGCCAUGUUGGAUCUCUAACAACCAAAGUUGACGGUCUCCAACAUGGCUGUGAGAAUAGGUUACAGCACUUGUACCUGUGUGAACAUUGAAAUCUGCUUAGAAUGUCAUUGCUCGCUUCUCUUCAUCAUUUAUCAGCCUGCCUAUGAUGAACAGAAAAUGUUUUGUGAUUAAUUUCUCUACAUAUAGGUAUUACACAAAAUAUAAUUGUACAGAAUGUGAAUGAGAGGUGCAGCUCUUGCAUGUAUAUGCUAUUAUGUUCUUAAAGCAGGUCAGACAAGCACUUAAUGUGUCCUGCACAGCAAGCUAUAUGUACAUGUAUAAUACAAAUGUUUUUUCUGUUUUCUGUCAGCAUCUACGGUGUUUGACUGUAGUCUCACAAUGCUAUAUGGAUAUUGUGAAACAGCUUACAGCCAGUAAUCACCAUCAUCAUACUUCUGGCCUCUGUCAGAAAUAGGGACAUUAUCAUGUGGUACAGUGCCCAUGUCAGUGAUAGAGAUAUUAUCAUGUGGUACAGUGCCUGUGUCAGAAAUAGGGACAUUAUCAUAUGGUACAGUGCCUGUGUCAGAUAUAGUGACAUUAUCAUGGCAGACUGCCUUUGUCAGAAAUAGGGACAUAAUCAUAUGGUACAGUGCCUGUGUCAGAUAUAGGGACAUUAUCAUGUGGUACAGUGCCCAUGUCAUUGAUAGGGACAUCAUCAUGUGGUACAAUGCCCAUGUCAAAUAUAGAGAUAUUAUCAUAUGGCACAGUGCCUGUCUCAGAAAUAGGGACAUUAUCAUAUGGUACAGUACUAGUGUCAGAUAUAGGGACAUUAUCAUAUGGUACAGUGCCAGUGUCAGAAAUAGGGACAUUAUCAUAUGGUACAUUGCCUGUGUCAGAUAUAGUGACAUUAUCAUGGUAGACUGCCUUUGUCAGAAAUAGGGACAUAAUCAUAUGGUACAGUGCAAGUGUCUGGUAUAGGGACAUUAUCAUGUGGUACAAUGCCUGUAUCAGUGAUAGGGACAUUGUUAUAUGGUACAGCGCCUGUGUCAGAUAUAGGGACAUUAUCAUAUGGUACAGCGCCUGUGUCAGAUAUAGGGACAUUAUCAAAUGGUACAGUGCCUGAGUCAGAUAUAGAGACAUUAUCAUGUGUUACAGUGCCAGCGUCAGAUAUAGGGACAUAAUCACAUGGUAUAGUGCCUGUGUCAGGUAUAGAGACAUUAUCAUGUUUUAGAGUGCCAUGUAGUACAGUCCCUGUGUCAGAUAUAGGGACGUUGUCAUAUGGUACAGUGCCUGUGUUAGAUAUAGUGGCAUUAUCAUGUAGAACAGUGCCCGUGUCAGAUAUAGGGACAUAAUCACAUGGUAUAGUGCCUGUGUCACGUAUAGAGACAUUAUCAUGUGUUACAGUGCCAGUGUCAGAUAUAGGGACAUAUUCACAUGGUAUAGUGCCUGUGUCAGGUAUAGAGA